AUGUCGCCUACUCCUAAACAGGUUUCUCGAGUAGGUCCAGUUCGAAGGAAAGAUAAGACAAGUGAUAACCCUAUCGCCUCGGUGCUUCCGUUUUUUGAUGCAGUUCGGGAGUAUCCUCGCCCAGCGCAGGUUGGAAUUGGCGGUGCUUUUGGACUGAUAACUGGUUACUUUUUUACUAAAUGCAGCAAGGUAGCUGCUGGUACGCUUGGAAUUGGUCUUCUUCUCUAUCAGUAUUGUAAUCACAAAAAUUAUUUUCGUUCAAACGGUUUGCGUUUGGAAAAUGGCGUGGAACGAGUACGUGAGACUACCGAGCACCAGUUAAGCCAUCUUAGAGACUUUCUGUCAGAUGAAAGAGUCUCCGUGUAUUCGUUGAUUUCUUCAGUUGCAGGGCAAAAAGUUUUUGAAAGACAAUCAGUUUUUACUGAGUGGUUUCUUUGCUGGAUGCCUAAUCGGAUAUGGUUUUGCGUAAUCGAUGGUGAGAUUCACAGAUGUUUUCUUCUUACAUUGUACAGUCUUCUAAGGCCCAGUUUCUCAUACAGCAGCUGUCAGCAAAAACAUGCUUUGGCAGAUUUAACAGAUGUCUUGUAUGGUAACUCAUUACACGUCUGUACAUCGUCUGUUUUUUCAAGUGCAGCAGAAAGAAGUGAGCUUAUAAAAAAUGUAGGUCGUGCAAAUGUACUUAAGAUGUACUUAAUGAUUGCAGGGAUAAUCGAAGUUGCAGAAAGCGAUAAAAUGGUAAAUAAUAAGGCGCGAGACAUUGAGCGACAAGUCGCUUUGUUACGUGCCAAAGGAGAAUUGCCAAAAUAUGGCAAACUGGUUUAUUCUUCAUAA